AUGGAUGUUGUUUUCCAAGAAAAUUCAAUUGGCAAUGAGUCACAAACUGAAACGAACAAUCAAGAAGUAGGUGCCUUAGAUUUGAAGGGAAUAAAUCUAGAUCCAAGUGGUGAUGAACUCCUAGAAGCUGAAGUAAUGGUUGUCCCUCAAUCCGAAGGUAUUCCUAGACCUACAUAUGAACUCGAACUAUCUAAUAGAGUCAAGUAUCCUCUGAGUCAUUAUGUGUCUAACCAGCAUUUGUUAGACUCAAAUCAGUCAUUUAUAAAUCAAUUAUCUGUUUUAUCUAUUCCUAAUAGUGUGCAGGAAGCCUUAGCUGACCUAAGGCAACAACGAAGGAUUACUACACUCAUCUUUUGUGUAGAUGACAUGGUAGUUAUAAGAAAUGAUACGGAAGAAAUGAAGGCGUUACAAGAGUACUUGUUCAGAGAGUUUGAAAUAAAAGACCUAGGUCUUUUGAAGUAUUUUCCGGAGAUUGAAGUGUCUAGAUCUAAUAAAGGAAACUUUCUUUCUCGGAGAAAAUAUGCCUUAGAUUUAUUACAUGAGACUAGAAUGUUAGCAUGUCAACUAGCUGAUACACUAGUAGAAGAAGGGUUGAAGUUAUGUAUUGAAGUUGAUCAGGUACCAGUUGACAAAGGGAAGUACCAGAGACUUGUGGGAUGA